AUGAUCAAGUCUGCAACAGGAAAAAAAGGAGACAUAGAUGUCGUGGAUGGAUCUCUUGACCAAACAUUUCCGACACACGAUCCAGAUUCUUUUCCUGUACCCCAUGAGUAUUACCAAGAGAGUUCUCAGGUAAAUGGAUUCAAAAGCUAUACGGAUGUUUACCAAUAUUUACGUGAUCCUAAACACAAGCGAACAAAGGAGGCUUUGAAGUCGGAGAAUCACUACGCCAAGACAUUCUUGGGCCGGCCGAAAUUCUCUACACUACAUCGUGAGCUUUGUCGUGAGAUUAGAUCGAUGGUGGGCGCAACAGAAACCUCACUACCAGUUUUGGAAGGAAAUUUUUGGUAUUAUACACGAUACGAAGAAAAUGAGGAUUAUCCGCUUCACUGUCGCCGGCCGUGUGAUCUAAAGCAUGGUAUAAAUGAAAACUUUCUUCAAGAGGUUUGCGAGUGGCAAGGGACUCACCCAAAGGGCGAACCGCUUCCCAGGUACUCGGACGAGGUUAUUUUUCUUGAUCUUAAUCUCCUCGUGAAAGAAUUGAAGCUGAAGUAUAUUGAUAUUGGAGACAUGGAUAUCUCUUUUGAUGAAACCAAGCUUGCCGUCACGCUGGACUGCUCCGGAGGGAAGGAAAUCUAUACUCUGUUUAUAUUUGAAAUCCACGAUGUUAAUUACCGCAAAUGGCUUGGGUGCGGCGCGAGCGACAAGCAAAGAGCGUGGGCGCUUUCCCUCGACGAGACUGCCGUCUCCGUCUACACGCCAAUGCCAACCUCGUGCAGUAACCACUCAAGCCCGUCUUCCCUCUCUUCAUCUGGAUUGCGUAGAACCAUAAAAAAGAAGCCGUUGGGUUUGAAGCCAAGUAAGUCAUCUUUUUUUGAAGAUUCCACGAACGCCAUAUUCUCGCCGCCGAAGCACCACUGCCUGAAUAAAAUCGAACUUUUCGACCUUUCCGGCGAUGUGUUGUGGGUGAAUUCGACGUGUGUGAUGUACACCGUGCUGGAUGAAAAACUACGGCCACAUCAAAUCAUUUUUCACGAUACUGCGGCAAACCCUACCAAUCCUAACUCCAGCUGGAUUUGCUAUGAAGAAGAGGACGAGGCGUUCUGGUUGGAUUCUCUAAGCUUCACCGCGGAUGAUCGCUAUCUUGUCUUUGACAGCUCCUCUACCGAGAUCUCAAAUUGGUUUGUUUGCCCGACGGAAAGCGUGUUGAUAACCUUCUCGACUGCCAAUGCCGGUGGUUAUAAGGAAAGGCGAAGAGGGGCGGUGUUGAAGGUACCUUUUUUCUCCAAAGAAAUGGAGCGUAUGGAACGUCAUGUACGACAAAUAAGCAUCGAGCUCAGGGAAGCAGCUUUGACGAUGGAAUUAAUCGCGGACAACGCUCAUUUUGUAGAGCACUGCGCACCGACGGCACGUUUUCCUGUAAAUAGUAAAACACCUGUUGAGUUUGAUCUCGAACAUAAUGAACAGCUUCUAGGAAAAUCAGGAAACGCUGGGGCGUGGAUUAUGAUUUCGAACGCCCGCAACUGCACAAACUUUGCGAUAUUUUUCCUCCCCGACGAGAAUGCAACUUUUGAUUGGGAAAUAUCAUGUUCAAUGAUACCGGGGACGGAAGAUAUUAAAACCAUUUCCGAUGCUUCGAAGAAAAAGUCUACAAACCCCGAGACGUUUGCAGACGAAAAGAAGUGUAUGGGGUCGGAUACCUGGCCGUUGCUCUUUGAGUACGACUCUAACACAAAGGUUGAAUCAGUGUCGUCUUUCAGCGAUUUUUUACUUAUCACGGUUUCUCGUAAUGCGUCAUUGGAGGUUUUCUUUUGCCCUCUGCAUCUUAUUUGGGAUUGGUGGGCUCACGCUUAUCCUCCUGAGGAUGCGCAAAAGGUCCCAUCUAAUAGUUCAAUUGUCGAGAGGUCGGUUGAGGUCUCACCUUUAGAAAUAAAAAAGACCCGUGAAAUCCGAACUUUCCCCCCACCCCUUAGUCUAAGCAGGACCAUUUCCCUAUCGAACCUCUUGAGACGAGAAUUCAAUUCUGUGAAGGAUAACGAAUGGCUUCGUUUUGACGUCCACGACGAGCUCAUGAGCGCGAUGAAACCCGCCUUUGUCAAUUUCGAUUCCUUUCUCAUGGCCGCACCUACCGGUAUCGCAGCUGCGAUGGCGGACGGGGAUUCCCCCUCCCAAGAAACAACCAAGGCGUUUUGCUUUCCACCGUCGUUAUUCUUUGCGCACUUUCAGAACGGAUGCCUCCCCGAGGAAGGAGGGGCGAGCGGUCUUGGCCUUCCUCAGGGCGCCCUACCUUUUUCUUUUCAACCACGGCAGGGGGUUUCGACCGCCGCUUUUCCGCAAUCAGACUUCUACGUAAGCCCUCUGCUGGACAGCUCGGAGAGCAGCACGACCCACGCCGAUUUCAUCGCGCAGACCUUCACGUUGUCGGUAUCGCAUCUAUUGCGGCCGACCAUUCAUUAUCAGUGGAAGUACAUUUCUCCACACGGGAGGUCUGGCGACCACAUCGAGACUAACAAUCGUGAAAGCCACGGGGAAAAGGGAAGUCUUUUGGUGAAAAUUCUACGAAAAGAGGUCGUGCGAGGGCGAUCCUAUAACCCAUCCGAGUAUAACGGCUUUGUGUUGUGGGUGCCUUCGGAGUACGCCUUUGUGAACAGCUCUGGGUGUGGGGCACUGAUGCCGGUUCCAACAAAAGAUCCUUCCGAGACGACUUUUCUGCCUGUGUUUACAAUUUGGAAGAAAGAUCUCUUUCACUGGGGCAGGAAUAGCGCUCUUUUAAAUGUUUACGGAUCCUACGGCGACAGCUUUGAAUCGGAUUUUUUACCGGAGCGGCUUGUUUUGUUGGAUCGUGGCUUCGUAUGGGCCUAUGCCGCGGUGCGAGGGGGCGGUGAACUUGGCAUUCCAUGGCGUAAUGCCGGCCGAAAGCUCCAGCGCGCGACUUCCGUAAAUGACUUUAUUAGCAUUUCGAGCUUUCUGAUGGACGUUGGGUUGUGCGCGAGGGGUUUUUUGGCGUCGUCGGGGUCCUCCGCAGGGGGGAUGAUAGUCUGUCGGGCCAUGAACGCCGCUCCGGAUCUAUACCUCUCUGUGGUCUCUACAGUUCCUUUUGUGGACUGCCUUGCGACCCUUCUCGACGAUUCCCUUCCUCUUACCCUAACAGAACGAGAGGAAUUUGGGGAUCCGACCACCGACGAGACGGCGUUUGAGCUCAUUCACGGGAUCUCCCCGGUUUUGACGGUCCCCUCACGGGCCACAUCGCCGAAUUUGCUGUUGGAGACCAGCCUCGAGGAUACGCGGGUGGGGUUUUGGGAGCCGAUGAAGCUCGCCGCGAUGGUGCGCUCGCGGAUGCGCCACGGCGAAUCCGUCCGCCGCAUUGUCGUGCUCUUCUGCCAUCCCAACGCCGGCCAUGGCGGGGCAAGCGGGCGUUAUGAGCGCAUUAAAGAAAUCGCAAGGGAGUUCACCUUCGUGAUCGACGCGGCAAAGCGAGAGCGCGGAGAUUGGAAUCUCGAAUAA